CACAAAACAUCACCACCCCAGCAAACAAAAAAAACUUCAAGAAAAAUAUAGUUUCUUUUCCUUCGUCUGGGGUCUCUGGUGGGUAACGAUCGGAGAGAGUUCAUUGAUUCAUAAACUUUUAAAACCGUUUCUCUUAAAUUAAUCGAAUCGAAGCUUUAACGAAUCCGGGGAAGAGCGUGAAUUGAAUUGUGUUUGUGUGGUGGUGAUUCGAGCUCGACGAGAAAAGGGUUUUUGUUGAGAUUUGAUUUGAAUUGGUGUGUUAUGGGUUUAGGCAAUAAGGUAAACAAAUUCAAUUUCGGAGAUAACGAUCAUCUCCCCGACGAAGGUGGCGGCGGCGAGGAAGGAGAUGGUUUCGGCUCGGUUGCAUGUUCGAUUUGUCUCGAUACCGUCGCUAAAGACGGCGAUCGAGCCUGGGCUAAUCUCCAAUGCGGCCACCAGUUCCAUCUCGAUUGUAUUGGGUCAGCUUUCAAUGCAAAGGGGGUGAUGCAGUGCCCAAACUGUAGGAAAGUAGAGAAAGGCCAGUGGCUUUACGCUAACGGUUGCCGCUCACACCCUGAGUUCAAUGUCGACGAUUGGGUUCACGAAGAGGAGAUUUAUGAUAUCGGAAGCUACCCUGAAAUGGCUUUUGGAGUUCACUGGUGCCCAUUUGGAAGCUCAGCGCGUCUUCCCUCGUUCGAGGAUGGAGAUUUUUCACCGAGUUCAUUUCAUGAUCUCUUGAACCAGCAAGCCUACUUUACAGAACCACCAGCAGCUCCAACGGCGGGUCACCCAUGUCCAUACGUAACCUACAUUGGCCCGGUUCAUUCCUCUUCCUCUAGCUCUGCCGGUGUUACAGGCGUUUCAGACAGUCCAAGUUUCACUAGCCACUGGAACACCGGCUCAUCGGGUGAAGUCCCAACUCCUUAUGGCUUCCCUCACUAUCACGGCUGGGAGUAUCACUCACCUCCACCCACACCGCCACAGCACUUCUCUCCUUCUGUCCCUCACGUGGGGAGUCCAACUCACCCCACGCCUCCACCAGCUUCCGCAAGAACCUCCCGAGCCAACGGCUCGGAUGUUAUCAGACCAAGACCGCCGCAGUUCAUGCGUCCAUCAUAUCAUGGUCACAGUUCUAGUGGUAGAGCGGGGAGCUCGGUGGCAUCUGUUCCGAGAACACCGCCUUUUCCAGGAAGCAACGUUAGGACCAGAGACAGAACACAAGCUCUUCAAGCCUAUUACCAACAGUCCACUGCACAGUCACACCAACCAGACUCACCUAUAGUCUCCCGUGGGCCUGUGUUCCCCUCUGGACCGAGGCCCAGCAGAGGAUCAGCUUCAUCAUCUUCAGAUCAGUCAGGAGGUGGGAGCCGGUUUCUGUGGUUUAACAUAUGGGAGAGAGAGCCUUAUAUGCAACCGCAACAAGCUUACCAAGUUAACCAGAUGGAGAGAGAACCAUCUAUUUGGGCGUCUACCUUCAACGAAGGAGGAGGGAGCUUCCAUCAGAGGCAUGGCGGUGGAGGACCAUCGUGAGAGGUGAGUAAGUUGCCGGCGAGGGAAAUUCUCAUACCCAAAGAAAAAAGGAAAACAAUGGGAAGUUGAUAUUUGAUAAAACAUGAAAACAAUCACUGCAUGCUUGAAGUUAUUGAUAAUAUAUGAACACAAAUGAAUGGUAUGUAAUGAAUGGUCUGGAGAGAGAGACUUGCUUCCCCUGUUUUGGUGAUGACCGUGUGGUUAAAGCCGGUUUGGGUCUGGUUUGGAUCCGAGUAGCGAACAGGUUGUUGGUUAUUUGUUUUUCUUUGAUGUGGCUACACUGGGUAUCCAAGUUAAAUACCCUAAUGCAACAUUUUUCUUCUUCAUAUGUUAUUUUUUUAGUAA